AUGGACUUCCCCGAUGAGCUCCUGCUGGCUGAAUUGAGUCACCUACAGCUCUACAACGACUCACUCUUUCAUAACAACUUUAGCAGCGGCGACAACGAGACAGACACCCUGCUGCCGACCAGCGUGAGGGCCACCAUUGUUGUGGUCUAUAUGAUCGUUUGUGUCAUCGGCCUGGUGGGGAACUUCCUGGUCAUGUAUGUCAUCAUAAGAUACACUAAAAUGAAGACAGCCACCAACAUCUACAUCUUCAACCUGGCUCUGGCCGACUCUUUAAUCCUCGCCACUUUACCAUUCCAGGGAACUGACGUGUUCCUGGGCUUUUGGCCGUUUGGAAAUGCCCUGUGCAAGGCGGUAAUAUCCAUCGACUACUACAACAUGUUCACCAGCAUCUUCACGCUGACAGUGUUGAGCAUAGACAGGUAUGUGGCUGUCUGCCACCCUGUCAAAGCUCUGGACAUGAGGACACCUCACAAGGCCAAGGUGGUGAAUAUCUGCGUGUGGGUGUUGGCUUCAGCCUUUGGCGUUCCGGCCAUGGUUGUGGGGAACGUUGAGGAGGAGCAUAACAGCAUCGAGUGCAUUGUCGUCCUACCAGGGCCUCCAGGUCACUGGGAUCCUGUCUUUGGCACUUGCGUCUUCCUCUUCUCCUUCCUCAUCCCUGUGGCCAUCAUCAGCAUUUGCUACAGCCUAAUGGUCAAGCGUCUACGCAGCGUUCGCAUCCUGUCUGGGUCAAAGGAGAAGGACCGCAAUUUGCGGCGCAUCACCCGGAUGGUUCUGGUGGUGGUGGCGGUAUUUGUGGUGUGCUGGACCCCCAUCCAGAUAAUGGUCCUAGCCCAGUCACUGGGCUUUAACUUGAGCAGCUUGUCUACGCAGGUCCUAAUGCAUUUAUGCAUUGCUAUGGGCUACGUUAACAGUAGCCUCAACCCGGUCCUCUACGCCUUCCUGGAUGAGAACUUCAAGCGCUGCUUUCGGGAAUUCUGCCAACCUUCGCCGUUCCGUCUCGACACUCAGCAGUCGGGUCGGAUGAGGAGCAUUGCUCGGGAAGUGGCAGCCGCGUACAGCUGCAAGGCUGAUGGCGGUGGGCCCGGUGGAGGGACUCCCAAUCCCGCGUGA